AUGCAGAUAUUAGGUCAGCCUCAGCGCCGCCAACAACAGUGCGUUGAUCCCGCUGUUUUCGGCGGCAGGGCUGCACUUCACAGGGCCUUUAUGAGAGUCGCGUCAGCGGCCGUGAUGAACAUCCUGUAUCAGCCUCGGGAUCCACGAAGAGGUGUGGUCAGCCUUGGACCCAACAAUAGUAUGGUUGCCUUGCAGAAGAGGGUGGAGAAGAGUCUGGGCCUUCUGGACCAUCCCGAGUACAUGCAGUGGGAAGGCAGAGCGUGA